CCUAUGAAGAAAUGAACAACACACUCAUCCAACUUAAAGCUGAGAUUUUCCGCCAGGGGCAGUAUUCGCCACCUUGUCCGGAAGGAUGGUGCUGGUUCGGUCAACACUGUUAUUACUUUUCCUCAAGCGCAGAUACUUGGAAUGCCAGUUCAUACUGUGCGUCAAAUAAUUCCAAUCUCGUUGUCAUUAACAGUAUUGAUGAACAGGGCUUUGUAAAAUGUAAUCUUUCAGAUUCUCACUGGAUUGGUCUUCGUCGUAAUGCAGGCGAUGCAAAACAAUGGCACUGGGUGGACGGAACCAUUUAUACCGCUUCUGAGGGAAGUUCGAUUACUCCGGAUUCCUGUGGUUGCAGCGGUGGGGACAACUGUAAAGAAUGUUGUGGGGUGAUAAAUUCGGGCACAUAUUUGAAUGCUUCAACGUGUACGACUCCUAUGAAAUGGGUCUGUGAGAAAUCAGCUCAUCGAUGUCCUUCUGAAUGUCACAGUUAAUGCAAAAUGGCAAAGAACCAGUUUGUUCACGAUGAGCAUGUCGUGGGAAUGUUAUAGCAUAGAAGAAGGCCAUUUGAUUAAGCAAUCCAUGUAGACCAUUUUAUCGAAGAUAGGCACAAAAUGCUGGUGUAACUGAGCGAGCCAGGCAGCAUAUCUGGGGUAAAGGAACAAGUGACAUUUCGGGUCGAGACCCUUCUUCAGACCCGAAACGUCACAUAUUACUUGCCUCAAGAGAUGCUACCUGACCCGCUGAGUGACUCCAAUUUUGUGUCCACCUUCGGUGUAAACCAGCAUCUGCAGUUCCUACCCACACAUAUUGAGCAUUUCACCGAUGAUUCCGAAAUUACUAGCUUACAUUCCCUGCAGCACUGCACAUUAGUUUCUAUCAAAUCUCUUUUCGAAAGCUUCAAUUGCCUAUUUACAACAAUCCAGCAGCAACGAGUUAGAGCAGGAACACAAACGGUGUAUAAAAUAUUUCCUUGAUCUCCCUCUCUCCCCGCCCCCUCCACCCCCACAACCCACAAAAUUAUUCCCUCCCAUCACUCUGAAGCCAUCUGCCCUAGCCCUUCAAUGUGCCCUAUUGGAACAGCUUCACUCUGAGAGCAAUGAAAUCCAUGGGAACCUUAUACAGCACUUUCAGAUCGUCCAGAACCUCUCUGCUGUUUGAGGCUCAAUUCCUUUGAGCUGUUGACCGGAGGACCAUAUUACAAAAUGUGGCGUGCCUGGCACGGCCGGCAUUUACUGCCAUGUGUAGGGAAUCUAAUAGACAAUAGGCAAUCGACAAUAGGUGCAGGAGUGGGCCAUUCGGCCUUUCGAGCCAGCCAUUCAAUGUGAUCAUGGCUGAUCAUCCACAAUCAGUUCCUGUCUUCUCUCCAUAUCCCCUAACUCCACUAUCUCCAAGAGCUCUAUCUAACUCUCUUGAAAGCAUCCAGACAACCAGCCUCCACUGCCCUCUGAGGCAGAGAACUCCACACACUCACAACUCUCUGUGUGAACAGGUUUCUCCUCAUCUCCGUUAUAAAUGGCUUACCAUUUAUUCUUAAACUAUGGACCCUGGUUCUGGACUCCCCCAAAAUUGGGAACAUAUUCCCUGCCCAACCCCUUAAUAAUCUUAUAUGUUUCAAUAAGAUUCCCUCUCAUCCUUCUAAAUUCCAGAGUGUACAAGCCCAGCCACUCUAAUCUAUCAACAUAUGACAGUCCUGCCAUCCUGGGAAUUAACCCCGUGAACCUACGCUGCACUCUCCCAAUAGCAAGAAUGCCCUCCCUCAAGUUUGGAGACCAAAACGACAUAAAAUACUCCAGGUGUGGCCUCACGAGAGCCCUGUACAACUGCAGGAGAACCUCUUUGCUCCUAUACUCAACUCCUCGUGUUAUGAAGGCCAACAUGCCAUUCGCUUUCUUCGCUGCUUGCUGUACCUGCAUGCCUAUUUUCAGUGACUGAUGAACAAGGGCCACCAGAUCCGGUUGUACUUCCCCUUUUCCCAACUUGACACCAUUUGGAAAAUAAUCUGCCUCCCUGUUUUUGCCACCAAAGUGGAUAACCUCACAUUUAAUCUGCAUCUGCCAUGCAUCUGCCCACUCACCCAACCUGUCCAAGUCACCCUGCAUCCUCAUAGCAUCCUCCUCACAGUUCACACUGCCACCCGGCUUUGUGUCAUCUGCAAUUUUGCUAAUGUUCCUUUUAAUCCCUUCAUCCAAAUCAUUAAUAUAUAUUGUAAAUAGCUGAGGUCCCAGCACCAAGCCACUAGUUACUGCCUGCCAUUCUGAAAGGGACACGUUAAUUCGUACCCUUUGUUGUCUGUCUGCCAACCAAUUUUCUAUCCAUGUGAGCACCCUAGUCCCAAUACCAUGUGUUCUAAUUUUGCCCACUAAUCUCCUAUGUGGGACCUUAUCAAUCAAUGGGAAAUGAAUUUGGAAAUGAUCCCUGGAGCAAUCUGAUUCACUGCCACCCCACUCUGCACUUAGGGACACGGCAUCGGUUGAGUUUAGUCCUCGUGUUGCUCCAGUCAACCACUCACAUGCUACGCCCGUUAGUUCAGCUCAGUUUAGUUUAGUUUAGUUCAGUUUAGUUUAGUUUAUUUAAGUUUAGAGAUACUCGCCGAAUCCACGCCGCCGCCGAGCAGUGCACUAACACAAUCCUACACACAAGCGACAAUUUACAGAAGCCAAUUAACCUACAAAACUGCGCCUCUUUGGCAUGUUGGAGGAAACCGGAGCACCCGGAGACAAUCCACCCGGUCACAGGGGGACGGGCAAACUCCACACAGAGAGCACCGGAGGUCAGGAUCCAACCCGGGUCUCCGGCGCUGUGAGGCUGCAGCUCUACCACUGUACCACCAGAAACGUUACGUUAUAAACGAAUGAAAUCGGGCCGUGCACUCCUGCGCUGGCAACCCAGUGGGAACCCUUGACUCAGCAAUGUAUCACCCCAAGAUUCGGUGAAGAGAUGCUAUAUGUGAGGGCUGCUGUAAGAAGCAGGGGGAAGGGUUGAUGCCGGCGCUCAGUUCUGAACACCACACUCCAGCCGGCACGGUGUCCGACAGGGAUUACUGUGGGCUGGUUAGUUGCCUCUGCUCGGUGUUUUAACUGGCCGUGCAGAGCCCCAGGUCUCUCUCCGAACGUCCACUUGGAUGUGAUGGGCGAUGCCGCCUCGCCUUCUCCCUUCUUUCGCUGGACAGCUUUCCGAAGUUCAGAGAUUUCUCCAGGGUCAUGAGCUUAGAAUGAGAGAGGCGCAUUUACCAGAAAAAUUGGGGGGUUCCCCACGACUGAAAAUGUUUAAUGCAAUGGCCUCCUCCAUUGUCAGAGUGAAGGAGCAGUGCCUCAUAUUUCGCUUUUGCAGCUUACACCCCAGUGGUAUGAAUAUUGAUUUAUCUAACAUCAAAUAACCCCUGCAACCCUCCCCAACCCAAGUUGUAUCAGCUUCAAAGUUAUUGAGUGAUUAUCUGUAACGCGUUCUUACCUAAUAAACAGCU